UAGAAUAAAAGGAAUAUGAACCCACCUGCCACGUCGGAUUUUAGAAGGGAAAUUUCCUCCAGAUCUUGCGCCCUAACUGCCGCCUCGCGUUGGUGCCCCGAUAUAAGGCUUCGUUCUGCGGGCGCUGGUCACUCGCUUCCGACAUCUCCUGUUAGAAGAAAGUGUAUUAAUAGCACCCUAUUGAUCACCACCAUGUCGCAAUCAGGCCGCCCGGGAACAAGAGGCGAUACAGGCCUCAACGCCUCGGGCCUCGAUAAGGAUUCCGACCCUAAGGGCUGCGUGGGGGACAAGAGCCAGGACAACUCAGACUCAACUGUCAACAAAUCCACCAUGUACAGCAUCAAGCGCGGCGAGGAUACGGAUUCGAUCAACGAAGGCGGGCGGGGAGAGAGUCUGAUAUCUACCAACACCAGGAAGUAGAUAGAUUCUGUCUAUCUUUACCUCGAGAUGGGAUGAAAAGUGAAGUGGAUCUAGACCAUCUCCGUUGGUAGUUGCACUUGUCUCUCUUUACCUGUAGUCCGUCGGAGGCCAAGAAUUCGUGUGGUCCAUACUAAGCACGUCUCCGCUUCAUUGAACACCAUCACACUAUUAAUCAGAAAGUAAAUUUUCUUAUCAAACUUAAGUCGUUUAAGGCACAUGCAUCGUCUGAAGCUUUCCCAUACCCAUUACACCAGGGAUGUGCAACCUUUCUCAACAAGGGACCAUCACUCAAAUGAUUAAAAACAAACUUUGUAGGCUAUCAACCUUCAUUACUGAUCAAAUGGAAAGUUUUUUUUUCCGAUAUGCGGCGAUUUCUCUCUCUUUUCAAUGGCCGAACAGAGGUUUUAGACAUUUAGGAUUAUUUCAGCCAAAUUUGAUACUUUUCCUUCAUUCUUACGUAAUUUCCGGAGGUUAAUGAUUUCUGGAAGAUCGGGCAACAUUGAAAACUUGAGAGAGUCGCGGGUUGCACAGGACCACUCUGUAUUCCUCUUUCACAUUUCUCUUAUUCAUACUCUACACUUCUUGUACAUGAAUACACAUAAACAUACACAUAAUACGUACAUACCUUGAACACGUAGAUCUAGCUCCAAAGGAAGUUAUUUACAUACCCACAAUGCUUUUAUCUUUUAUCGAAGGCCAAACCAGAAUUUAGCAACUACCCAAAAAGCAAAAGUGUAAGAAUUAAGUUCACAGCUGAUGGAUAUGCUCUGUGAUAUGCAUUUUGUUCUUUCAUUUGUUGAAACGAUGUUUUGUUUUUUUUCUUUUCGCUCAUAUUUUUGUCUCAAAUCAUGUCAUAUGAUUUCCAAUUUCUUUUUUGAUUAGUUCACUUAAACUAUAUCUCUUGAGUAUAUGAAUUUAAUCUCCACUUGAACUUCAGCUGAUUCGUUCUGUUUUUAUGUUGUUGAUUUUAUGAAUAUGGAUGCAAUUCAGCACGAAUGUUAAUUAAUAAAACUCCUCAUUGUAGGACGAAUAAAGAUGAGAUAUGA